UUAUAUAUAGAAGAGAGAAAAAGAUCAGGUUUUUCUUCCGAUCUCUCCAUUUUAUAAACUCUUUUUCAAAUCACUCAAACCCUAGAAGAUGCCUCGGCACCGCCAUGAAGACGACGAUUUGGAAGAGGAAGAAUAUGAUCUCGAUGAUGAAGAAGACGUCGAUGAAAGGCGCGGCGGUUCGAACAAGAAACGCCGUCGAUCGGAUUUCAUCGACGAUUCGGCCUUGGAAGAUUCCGAGGAGGAGGAGGAGGAUGAGGAUGAGGACGAGGACGAGAAUCCGCGCGGACGAAAGCAGCGGAAACCAGUAGGGUCGCAGUUUUUCGACCUUGAGGCCGCAGUCGAUAGCGAGGAGGAUGAGGAAGAUGAAGAAGGAGAAGACGAUUUUAUAAAUGAUGCUGGAGCGGAAAUUCCAGACGAUGAUGAUGGGGAAAGAAUGCCUCGUCGUCCAUUGCUACGGGACGAUGAGCAAGAAGAUGUUGAUGAUCUUGAAAGAAGAAUUAAGUCUAGAUAUGCAUCAUCGCGUAGCCAUGCAGAAUAUGAUGAAGAGACCACAGAGGUUGAACAACAAGCUCUUUUGCCAUCAGUGAAAGAUCCGAAGUUGUGGAUGGUGAAAUGCGCGAUUGGUCAUGAGCGAGAGGCAGCCGUUUGCCUUAUGCAAAAGUACAUCGAUAAGGGAUCUGAGUUGCAGAUAAGAUCUGUUAUUGCCCUGGAUCACCUUAAAAACUAUAUUUACAUCGAAGCAGACAAAGAAGCCCAUGUGAGGGAGGCUUGCAAAGGUUUGCGAAAUAUAUUCUCCAUGAAGGUGAUGCUGGUUCCUAUAAAAGAAAUGACUGAUGUCCUUUCAGUUGAAAGUAAAACCAGUGAUCUCUCUAGGGAUAAAUGGGUCCGUAUGAAGAUCGGGACAUAUAAAGGAGACCUUGCAAAGGUUGUGGAUGUGGAUAAUGUACGGCAGAGAGUUACGGUUAAGCUUAUUCCAAGGAUUGAUUUGCAAGCGCUAGCUAAUAAGUUGGACGGUAAGGAUGUCGGGAAAAAGAAAGCAUUUGUUCCUGCACCACGUUUUAUCAACACAGAUGAAGCAAGGGAGAUGCAUAUCCGUGUUGAGAGAAGACGAGAUACGGUCACCGGUGAUUAUUUUGAAACAAUAGAUGGGAUGAUGUUUAAGGACGGUUUUCUAUAUAAAACAGUAUCAGUGAAAUCCAUUAGCACUCAAAAUAUACAACCGACUUUUGAUGAGCUUGAGAAAUUCAGGAAACCUGGAGAUGAUGGAGAAGGUGACAUGGCCAGUCUCUCUACCCUAUUUUCAAAUAGGAAGAAGGGACAUUUCAUGAAGGGUGAUGCAGUUAUCGUAGUCCGAGGAGAUCUAAAAAAUUUGAUGGGAUGGGUAGAGAAAGUAGAAGAGGACACCGUCCAUAUUAGACCUAAAACGACGGACCCGGAGUUGAAGAGAACUCUGACUCUCAAUGAGAACCAGCUAUGCAAGUACUUUGAACCUGGUGAUCAUGUGAAGGUUGUCUCUGGAGCUCAGGAAGGUGCAACGGGGAUGGUCGUGAAGGUCGAGGGACAUGUCCUCAUCAUUGUAUCCGAUACAACUAAGGAAGAUAUCCGUGUCUUUGCUGAUAAUGUUGUGGAAAGCUCCGAAGUAACUGCUGGUGUAACUAAACUUGGGGAUUAUGAGUUGCAUGAUCUCGUGCUGCUUGAUAAUAUGAGUUUUGGUGUAAUUAUACGUGUGGAAAGUGAAGCAUUUCAGGUGCUUAAGGGAGUCCCAGAGAGGCCUGAGGUUGCACUUGUGAAGUUGAGAGAGAUAAAAAACAAGAUUGAGAGAAGGUCCAAUGCCCAAGAUCGGUAUAUGAACACAAUUUCAAUGAAAGAUGUUGUGAGGAUUCUUGAGGGCCCCUGUAAAGGGAAACAAGGUCCUGUUGAACACAUAUAUAGAGGAAUUUUGUUCAUAUAUGAUCGCCAUCACCUUGAGCAUGCGGGUUAUAUUUGUGUUAAAGCUCAGUCCUGUGCAGCCAUAGGUGGAUCACGGGGGAACAACAAUAGAAAUGGAUCAGAUUCCUUUGCCUCAAGACUUGAUAGUUUGAGAGCUUCACCUCAGCAUAUCCUUCAAUCCCCAAGGAGACUGCCCCCAAGAGGAGGACCGCCAAUGGAUUCUGGAGGAAGACAUGGGAGAGGAAGAGGACAUGAUUCUUUGAUCGGUAGUACUAUCAAAGUUCGCUUGGGUCCCUUUAAAGGAUAUCGUGGGCGUAUUGUAGAUGUUCAUGGUCCAUCUGUUCGUGUUGAACUGGAGUCCCAGAUGAAGGUUGUUACAGUGAAUCGCAAUCAAAUUUCUGAUGCUGUGGCUGUUGCAACUCCAUUCCGUGAAACGACUCGCUAUGGUCUGGGAAGUGAGACACCCAUGCAUCCGUCAAGGACUCCACUCCAUCCGUAUAUGACUCCAAUGAGAGAUCCUGGAGCAACGCCUAUUCAUGAUGGCAUGAGAACACCAAUGCGCGAUCGAGCUUGGAAUCCUUAUGCACCAAUGAGUCCAGCAAGGGAUAACUGGGAAGAUGGAAACCCUGCUUCUUGGGGAACCAGUCCUCAGUACCAGCCAGGAACUCCUCCUGCAAGACCAUAUGAAGCCCCUACUCCUGGUUCUGGCUGGGCUAACACUCCAGGUGGUAACUAUAGUGAAGCUGGAACACCAAGGGAAAGCAGCCCCACUUAUGCAAAUGCGCCGAGCCCUUACCUGCCGUCAACUCCCGGUCAGCCAAUGACACCAAGUUCGGCAUCAUAUCUACCCGGUACCCCUGGUGGGCAGCCAAUGACACCCGGCAAUGCCGGUCUGGAUGUCAUGUCGCCUGUAAUAGGUGGGGAAGGUGAAGGGAAUUGGUUCUUGCCUGACAUUUUGGUCAAUGUCAGAAGGUCUGGAGAGGACACUCGUGUUGGGGUUGUCAGAGAAGUGCUCGCGGAUGGGUCAUGUAAGGUAGCUCUGGGAUCAACAGGCAAUGGAGAGACAGUGACGACGCUUCCAACAGAAAUGGAGACGGUGGUUCCAAAGAAGUCGGACAAGAUCAAGAUAAUGAGUGGUGCUCAACGCGGGGCUACAGGAAAGCUAAUCGGUAUAGAUGGGACAGAUGGAAUCGUUAAAGUGGACGUCACCCUUGAUGUGAAGAUAUUGGAUAUGGUCAUUCUGGCAAAACUUGCACAUUAACAAUAAAAAUUAAUAAUAAUAAUAAUGUAUAUUUUUGUUCUA